CUGUAAUAUUUAUCUUCCGGUUUUAAGCCUUACAAAUCGGUGGACUCCACUAUUUCAAAAUAGUUUAUUUGCAUUCAUUAUCGAAACUAACAGGUAAAAUUUGAAGGGUCUAAAGAUAAUAAUAGUAGCUUGUUGUCUUUUUAAUUUCUUAGAUAUUUGGAGAAUGAAGUGGCUAUUCGGACCGGGUAUCAGAAGUGAGAGGUUCGGGUUGGGAUUAAAAAAAUACUAAAAAUAUUGGGUUAAAAAUGGGGACGCCUGCCACUUUUUUAUCGAAUUUCACGAAUGUAUCCCUAAAUCGAUCCCUAUGCCUAACUUGAACCCUAAGUCGAUCCCUAUGCCUAACCUGAAUCCUAUGCCUAACCUGAACCCUAAAUCGAUCCCUAAACCUAACCUAAACCCUAAUUCACUGCAACUAUAAUAAAGACGCAGUGGCAGCCAUCCUCGGUUUUAGCCAAAUGUUUUUGUUGGGUUUGACUUUGACUGUUUGUAAGACAAAAUUCAGUAUCAAAUGAAAUAUAAUUGAAUAGACCAUAUGUUUGUAAACUUACUUCUUCAGUUUAACUAAAAUAAACUACCACAAAUGACAUCCGAAUAGCAUUUAGUCUAAAGGGACACGGGUCCGAAUGCCUAGCCUAGGGCUAGGGUGACCAAGCAUCCCAUAAAAACAGGAUUAAUGGAUUGUCCUGUAAAUGUCUCUCGGCAUCAGGAAGCCUAAAUUCUAAAUGUCCCGUUUCUAAAACCAAACACAUUUUCAAAUCACUAAAACUUCUUAAUGUAUAAUAUAACUGAGUACUGUAUUGGCUAGCUGUGUAGUGAUGUGGCCUCGCGUGAUGGCUGCACUGUUCCCCCUCCACCACUCUGCAGACGCUGCGUAAACAACAGUGUCCCUGCCAUAUAUCUUAUAUGUAUAAAUAAAUAAGUAUUCACUGCAAAAUUAGUUAAAUGUGAAGAGAUAGCACCACGACCCACGAACUUAUGUCCUAAAUUUAUCCCUAAGCCUAAACCUUACCUGAACCCUAAAUCUAUCCCUAAACCUAACCUGAAUCCUAAACUUAUCCCUAAGCUGGGUUUUGACCCUAUCGGAACCAGGGACAAAACAUGCAAAUAACGUCGGGGUGCUAUCUCUUCACAUUAGCCCAAAGUAUGAUAUGCCUCCAGAGUUUAAAUUAAAUUACAAAAGUGAAGGUAAAUUUAAAAAGAUUUCUAGGUCUCAAAAUAGUUAAAAUUAGCAUAUUUCAAUAAAGUUUCCGGUAGAGGCCUCCAGACCCUUCUUUAACUGGAGGGAAUCCUCUCAAACUCUCCUUGGAUGUGUCCCGUUUUUUCCAUUUCAUGAUUUGGUCACCCUAGAACAGCUGCCAUGCAUAUACCAAUCAACGCUGGCCUUUAAGGUGUGCAAUCUGUGCCCUUGCACAGGGCGCUGUGAUAAUAAUGGCGCCCAGUAAAUAUUUAAAUUCCCAUAAUUUAUUAUAGUGAAGUGUGAACCUGGGGUCCAGGGUCGAGAUUAUAGAUGACCCCAAAGGUGGUUUGGAAAUGGAACAAAGUACCAUAGAAAAACAUUCUAAAUAAUGCGCUUGUUAAAUUGCAUAUGGUUAGCUACAUCACUACAUGUAAAGCAUCAUAACAUGUGCUCCAUAACCUACGUCGUAAUCAGAAAAAGGUUGGAACCAUACAUGGAUAGGGGCGCUGAACGGGUGCUUAGCACAGGGCGAAAGUUUACCUAAGACCAGCGUUGACUCAAUCUUAACUCGGACUUGUAUUAGUACAGUAAUGUAUUACUUAGACUUAGACUUGCCUUAAUUACUAAAAGAUAACUAACAACUUAACUUAACUUAACUUAGUCAGCUUACACUUACUGAUGCUGUAGGCGUAGGCACCCAACUCAAAGGCUGGUACUGCUGCCAGCCCAAAAAUACAAAAUAACACAAUUUGUUUUCAUAAAAUAAAAUGAUCAAGAGUCCGUUAAUUCAAGGAGUAGCAAAAUGUACAGCAGCUCAAUCAAAAAAUCUUUGAAAAUAAAUAUUAAUAAAAUAUUAGGCAAUUAGGCCUAGUCGGCAUCACACAGUCACUGUCAGUGAUGCCAGUCUACCACAUAAUGAGUUGAAGUUGAACAUUACAUUAGCUAACUCGAAUUAUAAUUGAUUAUAAAUUGUAGUAUUAGUAGUUAUUAGUAUUAGUAGUUAUUAGUAUUAGUAAAAAGUAAGCAACCUUUAUUUUACUUUAUAAUUAUUCAUUUUAGUGUAAGGGGCCAUCCAUAAAUGAUGUCAUGCAAAUUUUGCCUAUUUUUUACCCCCUGUCAUCACAAAUCGUAACAAAAAGUUAGGUGACCAUGAGCUGAAACCAUUACAGUUGAGUACAAAAUUUAAAAACAAAUGAUAAUUUUUUUUUAUUUAUUUAUCAAAAGAUUGAAUACAUCUAAUAAAGAUAUACAGCACAACUAAAUGACAUAUCAAAAAGAAAUUGAAUUAAAAUCAAAUUAGCAUCAGAUUAAUUUUUGUUCAAAAGACCGCCUCACUGGCAAAUGAGCUCUCCAUGUAAUCCCAAUUAAUUGUUAAUUUUUGUACAUCAUUGGUGCAAAAAUAUUUUAAUUGUACUAGCUUUAAAUGCUAAAAUUAAUAAAAUGUCUGGGUUUUAAUUUUAAAGAAGUUUGUCACGUUACGCCUCUUUCAAUCAGAGGACUGAAUAACAUAUUCCAUCUAUGACUUAUGAUAACAACCACCCAAUUUUUCCCUCUAAGGUUUUUGGUUCGUGUGCAAAAUCAUAAAGUUGUGUGCAAAUUUUCACAGCAUCAAUUUUUUGUGCGCAAAAUUUUCAGCGUACAGACACUUAAGUGGAAAUUAGCUGCGCGGUACUCAAAACUGCUGUGCGGUACUCAAAACUGCUGCGGGGCGUCUGUGAGAUUGCUGCGCAGCUUAAAGGGAACAUUGCAACCACCCCUGUUGAAGUACCUAGAAUUUAAAUUCAGUGAUCUGCUCAUGAUCAUCAUAAAUUUCUGUCACUAGCUACUAGUGAAUGAUCAAAAAGUUGAUCUUGGGCCCUCGAAAUAUUGAAGGAGAAGAUAAAUAUUGGAUAAAAAGUUAUUUCUUAGAAAGUAGAGAAUUAUGAAAGUAUGAAAUUUUCCAGCUCCAACACAAUCAGGUUGGCUUUUCAGACCUUGCAUGAUAUCCAGUUGUGUAGCUUGAGUAAAUGCCACCCAGAGCAGCUCCCUAAUUUAAGUCCCCACACAUAUAUUUUAAAAUGUAGAUGAUCAAUAUUAAUUUAAGUACCCUUUAGCCAAGUUUUAAAUGACAAUUUCAUUCUUGUAUACGGCCAAAAGUUGUAUCUAGAACAUGACAUUUUGGCCACCUGUUUCAUACUCCUAUGGUCUGCAUCAUAGAUUCCCAUUUAUUAAUUAUUUUCUUCCCAGUACACCCAUAAUGCAGGCCUUCUUGAAAGGUGGAAAGGUCUCAACAGACAAAAGUAAAGUUGAUUCACCAGUACCUUCAUCCUCUGCAGCUAAGAAAUCCAAAGAUGGAAAACUUAAGAUCGUGCCCUGGAUUGAGAAAUAGUAGGUGUCAUUUACUUAAAUGCAACAAGAACAUACACAUUAUAUUUGUGAGACUAAUGGCUUAAUAAAAUUGUUCAACACAUUAUUGUCCUGACGGAGACAAUUUUGAGAUAUUUUUACACUGUCUGUGAACCAAUAUUAUGUCGACACCGCUAUUUACUAUCAAUAAAAGACAUAGGCCACUACUUUCAAAUGUUACUUCCAUACCUGUGAUAUCAUAUUAUGGCUCUUGUGCUGAUCAUUUGUCAGACUGCGUUUAUACAGACUAUGUAUCAGCUGUAGAUUAUUUGAUUGUAUUAGUGGCUUGAUGCAUACCCCUCCCCCUUGAUAUGUUUUUAUAAAAGAUCUUGUCAUGCACCUAUCAUUUUUAUUAUGUUAUAGAUUUGAACGUUGAUUAUAAUGGUCAAAACAGUUUUAAAAAAUCGUACUAAAAGUUUUUAUUUUAUAGCAUUUUAUGAGACAAACAUGGCCAAAUUGCGGUUUUGAGAAAAGGUUAAAAAAAUCAGUUAGUGGGUAAUGCACAAACAUAAUUGUGUAAAUCGUAGCAAACUGACAAAACUGACACAGUAUCAAAGAAUCCCUAUUAAAAUUGCAGCGGGUGUUUACGAGUGAGAGAAAUUCCAAGCCUGUCAGCUUGGUCACUUUCAAAAUAGGGUUAGUCAAAAAGGCAUUUUCUUCUAUAAAAAAUCAAAAUUCAUUCUCUCUACAAUAGCAUCUUCCAUCACAUAAUUCAUAAAUAUUGCCUACUCCUGCCUACUGUUUGAACACGUUUUAGUCUUCAUGGAAAAGUUCCUGUACUAAGUGAUCCCAAAUGGCUCAUGGACUGGGCUUUUCUUGUUGACAUUACACAGGAGCUGAAUUUACUCAACAAGAAGUUACAAGACCAGGGGUAGCUUGUCAGGGCAUUCUGCACAAAACUUGUGUUAUAGUUCUCAUAGAAACCUCUGCCAUUUCCCAAAAUGCAAAGUACUCAUGAACUCGGGCUCACUAUUCAGUAGUAAGUAUACUGAUGCCAUUGCAAAGCUAAAAAGAAGAAUUUGAUCUUGAUCACAUUUUUUUAGACUUCAAAACACACAGCAACUUUUCAACUUUUUGCUGACCAUUUCUCCUUCUAUUUGGAAGAUGCAAACCCCCCUCCCCCACACACUUGCACUUCAAAUGGAGCUAAUUGAUCUUCAGUGCAAUUCUAAGUUCAGGGAGGUGAAUAGAAAAAUAGAAAAGCAUGGAUAAUUUAUGAGAGCAUUGCCCUCCAUCUUCCCUGAGAUUUCCAGGUUGUUCAAGCGGGUCAUGUGCCUUUUUUGGGAUUACCUAUCUGUGUGAAAAGCUCUUUUCCACUAUGAACUUUUAACAAGUCAAAGUUCAGGGCCAAACUUACUGAUGAGCAUCUUCAAGCUAUACUGAAGUUCUCAGUUGCUUCCUCACUCAAGCCAAAGUUGCUCAGCUGUGUAAGAAGAAGCGCUGACAGGUCUCUUGCAACAAUGAGUAGGAGGAAGAAAGUGAAGCCUAGUUCUUGAAAACCCUAUGUUUUUAUUUGUUAUUUAUAAAGUUUGAGCAGAUUGUAACAGUUGUAUUUUAAUGAAUUUUUAAUUGCUUUUUUUUGUGUGGAAUACUUGAUGUGUCUGAGUCUCACUCAGACUCUACCUACUGCGGCCCCCGGAUGAUUUGAGUUUAAGACCCCUGGCUUAAGCGAACAUAUAUAACCUACUUAUUUUCUAUGUAUUUCAGUCGCCCAAAGAAUGUUGAAGAUGUUGCCUACCAAGAUGAAGUGAUUGCUGUCCUGAAGAAAUCUCUGGAAGGCUCAGAUGUAAGGCACAUUCUACUACCUCAGUUCUGGUCACAAAUAAUGUUACACCAGCUGAAAAAUGGAUGAUUUUGUUUGUUCUUAUGCCUUAUAAUUUGAAGAGUUCAUGUGGAAAUCAUAAAAUGUUCCCUGCAUAUUGUAGAAUGUAACUUUUGCAUUUCCAUUUUCAGCUACCCAAUCUUUUAUUUUAUGGACCACCUGGUACUGGUAAAACAUCAACCAUUUUGGCAGCAUCAAGACAGUUGUUUGGGUAAGUUAACAUCAUUAUAAACAUUGAAUAUCAUCUCAGAAGAGUCUCCUCUAUGCUCCUUUGCCAAUAGCUAAUGCUUAAUUAAUGCUCAAAUCUGAAGUGUUAGAAUAUUAUAAAAACUUGAUUCUCCUUUAAGAUUGCAACCGCCUUGUCCUCUUUUCUUCUUCUAUAUCUUAAGGGCCCACGAUCAAUUUAUUGAUCAUUUUGGCUCCUAUGCAUGUAGAUGGGAUUUGCAAUGUUUCUGUUACUGGUGUUGAUGAGGAAAUCAUGCACUAAGGGUUUGAAGGCUUGAGGCAAUAGACACAAAUGUGUCUAGUGUUGUCGCCUCAACCGUUCCUUUUGAAAGAUGGUUCCAGUCCCUGAUUGUCUUGGGCAGGAAUGAGCAGCUCCUAUACUGGCUUCUUGCUGGUAUGAGCCUGAAUUGCUUGUCAUGGCCUCGUCGCUGUCUAUGGGGGAGAGGGACGAGUUUCUGUUUAAUACUGGAACAGUGGACCAGCCCAUUAUUUAUCUUGUACAUCAUGGAGAGCCUGGAUUGUCGUCGUCGUUUCUCCAAUGGUGACCAGCCAAGUGUUUCUAGCAUGCUGCCAACACUAGAGGUAUUCCUGUAGCGGUUUAGGACAAAGCGUGCUGCUCGUCGCUGGACCGCCUCCAACCUGUCAAUGCUCUUCUGGGUAAAUGGGUCCCAGACUGAAGAUGCAUAAUCUAAAAUCGGACGGAUAAUCAUUUUCAUUGCUUAAAUGUCUGGAAAACUAAGAUAAUAAAAUGCCAUGAUUAUGAAAUUUAUUUCAGCCCAGAACUGUACAGAGAUAGAGUGCUUGAGCUAAACGCAUCCGAUGAGAGAGGAAUUAGUGUAAUCAGAGAAAAGGUUAAAAAGUUUGCUCAGCUGACUGCUGGGGGUACAAGAUCAGAGUAAGAUUUCACUGUUAAAAAAAUAUAUUUCCUUUUACAUAAAUAGAAUUAUUUCCAUAUGAAGCGGAAAGUUAAUUAUUUUUACAUAUUGUAACAUGUACAUAAUAAUGAAAUAAAUUGAACAAGUUUAAUUUUUUAAUUUUUUUUUUAUCUUUUCGCUAGCGGGAAACCAUGUCCUCCAUUCAAGAUUAUUAUUUUAGAUGAAGCUGACUCUAUGACAAAAGAUGCACAGGUGAUUUUCUUUUCCAGCAUGAAAUUUAUUGCCUGGGGUCUUGUCCUCAUUUGAUUUCAUUUCAAGAUAAUUAAAAAUUAAGGGUUAAAAUUCCCAUUUAAAUCAGCAUUUCUCAACCUUUUUUUUUUUUUGUUCAAGGCCCACUUAACCAUGUUUUUUUACUUUCCGGGACACCUUCCUUGUAAUUAAUCUAAAAAACUUCUCCUUUUAUAGAUAUAAAUUCCUUAUUUUUCAAAGUUUUUGCGGCCCCCAAGAAAUAUGCUGGGGACUACGUUGUCAGAUUUGAGAAACACUGAUUUAAAUAAUUCUUUUGUUUGUCAUAAAUUUAGAAAAUAUUUUCUUUUAGUCUGAAGAACAUAAAUUUGUGGAAUGAAAUUAAAUUCAAUUCCAUUUUAUAUUUCUAAAUUAAAGCUGGCCUAACCUUUUGAACUCUUAUAAAUUGACCAAAGAUGAUCUAGACAGAUUUCAGUGCCCUUGUUAAAUGAAAUAUUUAAAUAUAAAAAAAGAAUGAAUUAACUUGUUUUAUUUUUCUUCAAUUGUGGAAAGUCUGCUUUGAGACGGACAAUGGAGCGUGAAUCUAAAACGACAAGGUUCUGUUUAAUCUGUAACUACGUAACUCGCAUCAUUGAGCCCAUCACAUCCAGGUGUGCAAAGUUCAGAUUCAAGAUGCUUGCUGAGGAUAUAUUGUCUUCUCGUCUGAAAAAGAUUUGUGAUGAGGAAGGUGUUUUGAUAGAAGAUACUGUAAGUUAUCAGUCAGUAAUUUACAUACAAGUCAAUUCAAUUACAAAAAACAUAAAAGGCAGACCUGUUUACUCUUAUGAUUUUGGCAUACAAUGUACAAUUGGGCGCCAAGACCUGUCAGUACUAUAAUUUUAUGAGACCAUGUUAACAAAUUUUUAUUCCUGUUGUUUUUUCCAUUAAAAAAAAUUAACAAAUAAAACGUUUUCAGUUGUUACUUGCAGCUCCUUUCUCCACCCUACAGUGGAUGAACAGAAAUAUGAUUGGCUGGGGACCAUCCAUUAUUAUCUCUUAAAUAUAUUUUGCUUCCGGUUUGUCCUGCUUCCUUCCCACAUACACACACACACUCACACAACAAGCCACAUGUUUUAUAUUAAUAGCAUUGUGUGGGGAAAAAAGCUGUCACUCAGCAAGCUUUCAUGCGUGACGUUUUAAUUCAGUAAGAAGGUUGAAUUUUUUAUUUAGGUUGAGGCGACUAUUAUAUUAAUCAAUAAAGAGCCACAGGUAUGGUGUAGAACUGUCUGUAGGACUAUUGUUUAAAGGCCUGGAGGUAGGGCGAAAUGACUGUCUGUAGGACAAUUGUUUAAAGGCUGGCAGGCAGGUUGUAAGACUGUCUGUGCGCCUAUUGUUUAAAGGCCUGGAGGUAAGGUGUAGGACUGUCUAUAAGCUUAUUAUUUAAAGGCCUGCAUAUAUUAUAGAAAAUGAGAAGUUAACUCUAUUUUUUAAACUUAGACCCACAAAAUACCCAGACCCUGUGGAAAAAAUCAGCACCAUUUUAAGCCCUAGUACUAGUAUUAUUAUAUUACAUAUUCCUUAUGCUGUAUGACAUAAUUUUGUGACAUAAUUAUUUUGUUUUUCUGCUCAAGGUGGCAAAAAUUGAUAAAACUAUUAUCUUUUUUUUUUAAAGCAUUCUCAACUGCUCCGCAUUAGAUUUUGACAUAUUUUUAUAGAUCGAGUAAGCAGCAUUUGAAAUCUAUUUCUAGAAGUCACUACUUAGCUGUAUAAUUUUAAUACAUAAGCACUCCUCGUCCCUUCUCCCCAUUCAGCUUGCAAUAGUUAUUAGACUACAAUAUGUUAAUAGAAAAUAGAAUUAGACUCCUAGGCUUAAUACAGGGAAGGGCAACCUGCAGCCUGCCAAGUUAAAUAUUGUGACCCGACAGAUGUAUCACAAGUGAACUUAUUUCUUCAUUAAAUAAGCAAUUAUUUUCCUUUUUGGCAAAAGUGCACAUUUGUAGUACAUAUACAUUUUCUGUGACCGUACAUGCCCUUUCAGUCCCACCUGGACUGAUUUUAAAAAACAGAUUAGAAUAAGUAAUAAAUUAUGUUACAAUUUUACCAUUAAGUACUUGCUAAAAUCAAGAGGAUUUGUAUGAACACAGCUAGGUGAGGGGAACCUGAUUUUCCAAAAAUAUUAUCAGGUGUAGAAUGAUGCAAAACUAUAUUCAAGUUUAUACAGAAGUGCAUCCUGGCAUUUUGAAUUUAUAGAAAAAUUUUGGGGAAAGGGUUUUAGCCUCCUCACCAAGCCCCACCCCCACUUUUACUCUGGUGACUUCAGCAGGAGUCCUCAAUUUCUUCGUCUAUCAAACUGGCAAAUGUCGGGUACAUUUUUAAAUGCAACACAUAUAAAUAUAUAAACAUCAGUCAACUACUUUGAGAAGUGACCUUUGUACGACACACAUGCAAUGCGAAUAUUUAAUGUAUACAUUAUACUGUAUUUAUUGAUUUUACAAUGCUGUAUUGUACGAUUUUGAGAUGAUAAAGUACUAUUCUGAGACUGUAUUGUACUAUUUUGGGAAUCCAGGUCUGAAAAGAAUUUUAACCCUUCACAUUUUUAUUAGUUGUUGGUUAAACAAUUCAUGUGCAAAAACACUCAUAGGAAGGAGUUCUUCGGUGAAAAAAAAUAACAUUGCAUCAUAUUUAAUUAUAGUAGCAAGUAAGACAAUGUUUGUAACAGUCACAAAUGUCUUCUUAACAUGGGUAUCUCUUUUCAAAUGUUGAAUUCAUAUUCUCAUUUCAGAAAUAAUAGUAGAAAUAAUUUUUUUCUAAAAAUCUUUUUGUACAAUAUGUAUAAUUUCAAUUUACGCUUAUAAAAUGUUCAAAAUAUAUUAUGGUAGGCAGUAGAUGCUGUUUUAAAGACAUCUGAGGGCGACAUGAGAAAAGCCAUCAUGACAUUGCAAAGUGCCUCAAGAUUGUGUGGCAAAGAUGGAACCAUUUCAAGGGAAAUGAUCUACAAUAUUUCUGGGGUAAGAAAAGUGUUUGAAAUUUUUUUUUUUUUAGAGAACACUUCCGUGUACAUCAGCAUACAUUUUGGCUUUGAUUUAGCUUCCAUGGAAGAGACUCUUUUCCUGCCUUUCAAGUAUCUUCCCGACAAGGUUUUUGUCAGGGUUUUCUCUCUUUGCCUAAUAUUACAAACAAUAACCUGGGAGAGUCUUUGAUCACUUUUGAACAUUUUCAUUUGUGUGUGUGAAAUAAGCUGUGACUCUGGCCUAACUGUACACAUUUAUACAUUUUUCUGUUCAUUUUUCCUGUUUCAAGUCAAAUGGUUUAGACAUGAACAAAGAUUGAUACAUAGAACAAGAAAUUUUAAAGAAUUUAGGUUUUUUUGUUGUUUUUUUCAUUUCCCCUAUGCAAACAUUUUUUUCCUCAAACUUUUUUUCUCAAGAAUUUGCUUUUACCUAACAGAAUCCUAAAUUUUCAGGUUAUUUCAGAAGAUUACUUAGAUAAACUUAUUCGCAAGUGCUCUCGGGACUCAUAUGAAGACCUGGACAAAGCAAUACAAGUAUUUCGUUAGCAAUUUCAUUAAUUUAGGUUCACUUUGCAACAAAAAUAGAAAAUAAUUUAAGAUUAAGGUUGAACAUAGGAACAAUUGGAACAACUUAAAACAUUUUCAAAAAGAUUUAAAAAUUACUGUCUAACAUGAUUGGAAUGGAUAAUGAUGAUUUAUUUUGCCAGCCUUAAGAAAAACUUUUCAAAUUUUUUACUUUUAAUAUUGUUUUAAUUAUAAUUAUUAAAUGGCAUCUAUAUAAUAUAUAAUAUUGCUGUAAGUAAAGAGGUUGUAUGGUAUUUUUAUUAAAAUAAAAAUAUAAACUUUGACAUUAGUAAUGAAACAGAAAUUAAAUUAGUUGGAGUUCUUUUAGAACAAGGCUAGAUUUUUAUGUUUUUCUUCUUCUCUAAGAGUUUUUUUUUUUAGUCUUGAUAUUGAUAGUGAAAUAAAUUCUGACUUUUGUGUGUUAAACCCAUAUUUGCCACACAAUCUAGAAACACUUUUCUGCCAUGAUGGCCUUUCUUGUGUCUUUUCCAGGAUGUCAUCAUGGAAGGCUUUGCUGCAUCCCAACUACUAAAUCAGUUACAUGACAGAAUAAUUAUGAUGGAAAAUAUUAGCGACAAGCAAAAGUCAAUAAUUUGUGAAAAAAUGGCUGUAAGUUUGAGUUUAAAAUUUAGCUGCAUGAAAUGUUUGUGUGGGAAAUAGAUACAAGAAGUAGAAGAAUGUUUCACCACCCCAAAAAAUGUUGAUUGGAAAUCUUGAAAUAAGGGCAGGCUUCUUUCUGUUUAGUCUCUUUAAACAUUUCAGUUAUUACAUAUGGAAACAAAGUAUGAUAUUUUUGUGUGUGCUUUUGUUGACAUUUUUCAAAAUAUUUGACUUUAUAGCUGAGCAUUAGACCCCUAUACAAGCUAAGCACUCGCCCCUUAACAAUGGCUAUCCAUUUUAUUCAGUAGUAGUCCUUCCAGCAGGUUUUUAAUGUGAUACAUAUUUUUUCUGGAGGCAGUUGACUUUUUUUUUAAAAAAUCUACCCAAAUCUAAUUUCUGUCAAGGGUUCUAUGAUUUGUUAGCAGAGGAGUCACAUCAGGACUGUAAUUUUAAUGUUGGUGCGUAUGCUUAUGUCAUGUUUUUAUUCAUUUUAAUUUGAUCUCACCCCAGGAAGUUGACAAGGCCCUAAUGGACGGAGCUGAUGAAUAUUUGCAACUGAUGGCCCUGUUCUCAACCAUUAUGUACCAGACUUGUCACGAAAGCUAACAUGAUAAAUAAAUGCUUUAGUUUGGUAUAAAGUGUCAGUUAAUAAUUUACAUCCACAUGAUACCACCUGGUUUUAAGCCCUUAUGUUCAGUGCCAUUUGGUUUCCAUAUGAUAAAAACACAUAACAGGAAAUUUGUGAAUAGUACCGCCUUCUGUGCAUUUCAAUUUACAAUGAUACUUAUUUCUGUGUCGUUUACGUACAUGGUAGGGAACAAAAGUAGUUGUUUACUGUCCAAUUUUUUUAGCUUCUGGCACUUGCUUCAUGGUAAUUUUUGUCCAUGACAUCUGAUAUACAUGUGUCUUGCCGUAACUUUUCCAUUUUGAAAUAUGCACUUGGAACAUGGUAAAUAAACUGCAUUGCAGAUUCAAGAUGACUAUGCCAUUAGUUACCUACAGUGAACUGACUUUGCAAUGAUAAAUUGAGAUAAUGUUAAAAAUGAUUGUAUGUGUCGGCAAAUUAGCAACAGAAAUUUACUUAUUUAAUAUUUGGCAACACAAUGUCAUUAAAAGGAUAUAUAUGUUACAAAGAAAUCAUAAUUUGUUUAAAGAUUUGUUAUACUUGUAUUAAUUAUUUAUGGUUCCUAAAAAAAAUGUAGUUACCAGUAUCGGCUGCCAUUACAAUAAUUAUUUUUCCUUUUUUUGGUGUAAAGCAGAUUUUUCCAUUUCUUAGCUAAAGGGACAUGUGGAUGUAACUUAAUUACUACUGGGUAUAUGAAAAAGUGGAUAAAAAUUGUUAUGCCAUUAUUUUUUCCUUGCACUGAAACUGCUAUUUUACAAAUAGUCAGCUUCAUUGUGAGAUAAUCUGAUAUUAAUAAGGCUGGAAAAAAUUGGAAGUCUUAUAAUAAAAGUUUUGAAUUUACAUGAUGCUGUCAAGAUUUUCUUUAAAAUUAAAUGCACCCACUUAUUGGUGUGAAUAAAAAUGCUGCAGGACUUCAGUCAGACAACCAUCAGAAGCACUUGCAGAGAGGAACAUGAAAAUACUCUCCAUUGGCAAAAUUUAAGGCUUAAACCUUGAAUGCACGCACCUCAAUGCCAGAAUAUUAGUAUUAAGUACUGAUACAUUUGUCUAGAAAAAGCUGAAUAUGGCAGAUUAAGUCACAAUUCUCCACAUUUAGCACUUAGUUUCACUGGAUAAUUAUUGUGUUCAAUUUGAGCUGAAUGUGAAAUAUGCUGUAUCAACUUGC